CAAGGAGGGAGUCGUGGCUGCUGCUGAAAAAACCAAACAGGGUGUGGCAGAAGCCGCAGGAAAGACAAAAGAGGGUGUUCUCUAUGUAGCUGACUUUGGGAAUGGUGACACUGCUACUGUUCAGGAGAUGCAAUAGAUAGCCAGUGGAACUGAUCCAAGCUGACUGAAUAAAUGGAAGAAGUUGUCAUGAAUAAGUUGAAGAUGUUCCAGAGGAAGUGCUGCUGCAAAAGUACCCCAUAUUAGAAGAACGGUCAGAGAUAGAGCGUGAUGCUAAAAGGUCACCAUUCUGACCAGUGUGAGGUGAUAUUUCAUUGUGAUUUUGAUUUGUACUUACGUGAUGAUAGUGAAGUUGAGCAUCUUUUGAUGUAUGUGUUGGCCAUCGGCUCCAAAACCAAGGAAGGUGUGGUUCAUGGUGUGACAACAGUGGCUGAGAAGACCAAAGAGCAAGUGACAAAUGUUGGUGAGGCGGUGGUGACAGGGGUGACAGCAGUUGCACAAAAGACAGUGGAGGGAGCAGGGAGCAUCGCAGCUGCCACUGGCUUUGGCAAAAAGGAUCAGUUGGGCAAGAAUGAAGAAGGAGGUCCACAGGAAGGAAUUCUGGAAGAUAUGCCUGUUGAUCCUGACAAUGAGGCAUACGAAAUGCCUUCUGAGGAAGGGUAUCAAGACUAUGAACCCGAAGCAUAAGAAAUACUUUUACUCGCAGUUUCUUGAGAUCUACUGAGAGAUGUUCCAUCCUGUACAAGUACUCAGUCCCAACGUGCCCAGUCAUGACAUUUUUCUCAAAGUUUUUACAGUGUAUUUUAAACUCUUCCAUCAGCAGUGAUUGAAAUUAUCUGUACCUGCCCUUACUCAGCAUUUCAGUGCUUCCUUCUCACUGAAGUGAAUAUAUGGUAGCAGGGUCUUUGUGUGCUGUGUGGAUAUUGUGGCUUCAAAUCUAAAA